AAGGCUGUCAAGCUUCUAGCCACGACAGUCAUCACAGUCAAGCAAAGGGACUGCCAUAGUUGAUUUGAUGUUCUUCCAACAACAUUUGCCAUUGUCGACAUCCUCAAGAUUCAAACUUUUCUUGAGGGCACGGGCAAUCUCCAAUUUCGAGAUUGGACGAUGAUGGGCAGGAAAAGCCUUCUUCACCUGCCAAAAAUGGCGAUGGGGGUUCUUCAGAGAAGUCACCAAGAAACCUCCAUUUCUAGGUUUCCUUGCCCUGAAAAUGUCUUAAUGGCUUUAAUCUCUUCGGGGAAGUUGGGGUAUAUUUAGACCACUUCGCGCUGCUCCUGAAAAUGGGAAGCCGAGCCGAGUGAGUGUCAAUGGCCAGUGCUUGGCCAGUAAAUGUUCUGAUCUUCAAGCGAUUUCUUCUUCCUUCAUAGUGACAUUGAGAUAAGUCGGCCACCUCAUUAUGAUUUGGCUUCUCUUUGUUGUCGACGAUAAUAACUCAAUGAAUCCUCCAUUUGAUAUCUCCUCUGCCUUUGGCAACUUAAUCCAUGUGGAGUUUGGGGCAUGACAGUCUUGCUUUCGGAUUCCGGGGAUCAGGCUUGUGGCAUUGGGAACGGUUUUCGAUUCCUCCGGCUCAGUGAAGGCACUUGAAAAGCAGACUUCCAGAUAUUUGUGAAGAAUUAUAACGCUGGAGUGACAGAGCAUACCCUUGUCCCUACAUUCGAAGGUUAAUCGAGGCUAGAAGAUACGCAAUCCCACCGAGUCGGGAAAACUCUGCUGUUGCUACUAAGCUGGCCUCUCGAGGCACUUUACACAGAAGCUGUUUACCGCUGUCGACACAGUGAAGAUUAAGAACAAUGUCGGAUCCGAGAACGCUGAAAUUUUUCAAAUUCUUCCUUGUGUCUCAGAGUAAAGAACACCUGAAAAUUCCUCAGGCUCACUGCAAACUUAUAAAAGGCUGGAAACCUCGAAUUGUUCUCCUAUCCGGUCCAAGUGGGAAUACUUGGAGGGUCAGUUUAUCCCAGGACCAAGAGAAGCCCGACGAGUUAUACUUCAAACAUGGAUGGCCACGAUUUGUGAAGGACCAUUCGCUCAAAGACGGGGAUCUCUUGUUGUUCCAAUGUCUAGGGAAGUCGAAGUACAAAGUGGAAAUUUUCGAUCCCAGCGGGUGUCCGAAGGAAGCAGCAUUCAAUGGUAACUCCUUUCAGGGCACCUUUAACAUAGAAAAAUGCAGGGGAUGGACAUCCGGGAAAUCAUGUAAAGGGGAUCAUGACAGCUCUGAGGCUGGUGAACCUUCCUCUGCUCGAACUCUGAAGUUCAAUAUGACAAUAUGUAAUUCUCAGCAUGCAUACAUGAACAUCCCUAAGCAUUUUGCGAUGUCAAAUGCACUUCUCAACAAAGUGACACUCCAAGAUCCGUCAGGAAAGCUGUGGCCAGCUAAAAUCAGGUUCCAGGUUCGUCCUUGCCCUCAGUUUAUCAUAUUCGAUGGGUGGUAUGAGUUCUGUAAAAGCAACAAGCUUAAGAUUGGAGACAUAUGCGCACUGGAGCUGCUGCCGGGCAAUGAAGAAUCCGAUAAUCUGCUCAUGUCUGUUUGUAAACUGAACUUUUAGCGCAGUUUCUGUGGUUAGUUAUCUGGAAAUCUUGUAAUCUCUGAAAGGUCUCAAGGCAGCAUUAGAAAUUCUCCUGAUGAUCUCACUUGGUGAUUUUUAUAAACAUAAAUUUUCUCGUCCCAUCAUUCUUUUUCGUUCUUUUUCCUCCCUUGGUUUCUUCAUAUUGGAUGAUGGAUUGUCGUUUCUGUAUGGGAUCUGAGCUGGUUACCCGAAGGUGAAAGGCUUAUCUGUUCUGUGUUGAA